ACACACACAGACACACGCGCCACUGUUUCUCUCAUUCGCUCUCAUCGUGCCGUGCCGUGAAGGUAAACGCGUGCGUUAUUAGCCGUUGCGACGUCUGUGUUGGUCCAGUUGGUCGGGAGCAUCGCAGCCGUGCCGAAGCCAGUAUACAAACGGCCGUUCUGGUUCGCUAAAAACCUAACGAUCCAAACAAAACGGGGGAUUGAUUUGCAAAAACGGGCUAAAAUAGGAUAUUCUUAGCAAACCAACAAAGGAUUCGUCACCAAUCCAGACAACAGGUGGCGAUUGAAUCGCUCAACUUCUUAACGUGAUCGGGACCGAAAACAUCGGUCCUUGUAUGUGACGCUGGUCUUCUGGCCUCUAUCUGAAUAGCCCGGCGGGCGGGAGCAAAGCGGCAGCUACAGGCUUUACACCAUGAGUCAACAGGGAGGAGAUGUCAGUUUGGCCCGCGACAGCCAGGCCGAGCAGGUGGUCUCGUCCGUCAUUAGCCAGUUACAACAGCAGCACCAACAGCAGCAACUUCAACAUCAGGAAGGAGUUUGUCAACAGCAGAGCAGCAAUAGCGCCGAAGACGAUCAAGUCAUGGUGGCAACGGAACGAGACCUGGCGGAGGACGCUCAGUGGAAGCGCAUCCAGCAAAACACAUUCACCCGAUGGGCCAACGAGCAUUUGAAAACUGUCGAUAAAUUCAUCGGCAGUUUGGAGACGGACUUGUCAGACGGGCUCAAACUAAUUGCUCUCGUCGAAGUCUUGUCCGGCAAAAAGCUGCCCAAGCACACCAAGAAGCCCACCUUCCGUUCACAAAAACUGGAGAAUGUCUCGGUGGCUCUGAAAUUCCUGGAACAUGACGAAGGCAUCCGCAUCGUCAAUAUUGAUUCCAGUGACAUUGUCGAUUGCAAAUUAAAAUUGAUCCUUGGCCUAAUAUGGACUCUCAUCUUGCAUUAUUCUAUCUCGAUGCCGAUGUGGGAAGGCGAUGAUGGCAGUCGAGAUGGUAAAGGACCUACGCCCAAACAACGACUGAUGGGAUGGAUUCAGAGCAAGAUUCCCGAUAUGCCCAUUACCAACUUCACCAACGAUUGGAACGAUGGCCGCGCUAUCGGCGCCCUAGUUGACGGCGUCGCUCCCGGUUUGUGUCCCGACUGGAACGAUUGGGAUCCUAAAGAUGCCUUGCAGAAUGCCACGGAAGCCAUGGGUUUGGCUGACGAUUGGCUGAAGAUCCCUCAGUUGGUCAAACCUGAGGAGAUGGUCAACCCUAAUGUGGACGAACUCUCCAUGAUGACUUACCUGUCGCAGUACCCCAACGCCAAACUGCAACCCAACGCCCCGCUGCGUCCCAAAGCCAAUCCCAACAGGCCGGCUCCUCCCAGAGUCCGUGCUUACGGUCCUGGAGUUGAACCGACCGGCCCCGUUGUCGGAGCACCAGCCAAUUUUACCGUCGAAACGUUUUCGGCCGGUAAGGGCAACGUUGAAGUGUUGGUGGAAGAUCCUCGCGGUCAAAAGAUCCCAGCUGAAGUCAAGUUCAACAACGAUCGCAAUUUGUCAUACGCUUGCUCAUACAAGCCGCUAAUGGAGGGCGUUUACCGCGUCGUCGUUAAAUACAACGGUCUUGAUAUUCCGAAAUCGCCGUUUGAAGUGAAAGUUGAGGGUCAUGCUGGUGACGCAUCCAAAGUGACUGCAUCCGGACCCGGCUUAGAACCCGAAGGAGUCAUUGUCAACCGGCCAACAUAUUUCGAUAUCUUCACUAAAGAUGCCGGAAAAGGCGUACCCGAAGUGAUCGUCCUUGAUGCGGCUGGCCAGCGUAACACAGUGCCCGUCAAGUUGCGUCAAAUCAGCCCGGAAGUGUGGCGCUGCGAAUACGUAGCCAAUAGCGUGGGAGUCCAUUCGAUUAAUGUUUUUUUCGCUGGACAGCCGAUCCCCAAAAGCCCUUUCGGUGUCCGCGUUUCGCCCGUCUCGGAUGCUCGCAAAGUUCGCGCUUCCGGUCGCGGUAUUCAACCGAACGGCGUCCGCGUUCGCGACGUGGCCGACUUCCGCGUACACACUGAAGGCGCCGGAGAGGGCCAGCUAGACAUUCGUGUCAUCGGUCCAGGCGGAUCUAAUGAACCCGUCAAAUUGCGCAAAAUCGACGAGCACACAACUGAGGCCGUUUAUCAUCCGGUCAAAGAGGGCCGUCAUGUCGUCAUGGUAUCUUAUGGCGGGCAAGAAAUUCCAAAGUCGCCCUUUGAAGUCAACGUCGGCCCUUACAAGGAAACGGAUAUUGUCGUCUAUGGUCCUGGAUUGUAUGGCGGCGUCGUCGAUCAUCCAGCCUUGUUCACUGUCGAAACCAACGGCAACAAUGGCGCUCUUGGUUUCAGCAUUGAAGGCCCAUCGCAAGCCAAAAUUGAAUGCCACGAUAAUGGCGAUGGUUCAGCGGACGUUCGUUACUAUCCCGUGGCUCCCGGUGAAUAUGCCGUUCACAUUCUGUGCGACAACGAGGACAUCCCCAAAUCGCCUUACAUGGCCAACAUUCUACCAAAGUCCAACUACUAUCCUGAUAAGGUUGAAUGCUUCGGUCCCGGUCUGGAAAAGACGGGCGUUUUGACCGGCAAACUGGCUCCGUUCACCGUGGAUACGCGCAAAUCUGGUGACACUUCAGUGCCCGUCAAUGUUAGCGUGAUGGACGUCGAUUACCAUCCGGUUCCCGUCAAUAAAGUCGAGAAAGCUAAAGGAUUGUACGAAUGCAAUUACGUACCCGAAAGAGGAGUCAAACACACCGUUCAGGUCAAUCAAGGUGGCGUGGCCGUUAAGAACAGUCCGUUCCGCGUCUACGUCUCGGCGCCCACCGAUUCCAGCAAAGUCCAGGUGUUUGGCCCUGGUGUUGAGAAGGGAGUUAAAUCCAACACGCCAACCCAUUUCAAUGUCGACGCUCGUGAUGCUGGACCAGGUGAUUUGAAUGUGAACAUCACCAAUGAUAAGGGUCAACCAGUACCCGUCCAGGUGGACGAUAAUGGUGAUGGAACCUAUUCCGUUGCCUACACGCCAUCGGCACCCGGCCCGAUUAAAGUGAACGUCUUGUACGCUGGAAAACUGAUCCCUAGAUCACCGAUUGCCGUACAAGUCCAGCCUCACGUUGAUGUAUCUAAAGUGAAAAUCGACGGACUCGAGCCAACCGUUUUCUUGGAUUCACCAACCGAGUUCACUGUGGAUUCGCGUGCUGUUCCCAAGAAGCCUGGCGAUGGACCUGGCAAAGUCACGUGCCUGGUACACAAUCCAUCAGGUUCUUUCUCCGAGCCGGUCAUCACCAGUCAGCCGGAUGGCCAGAAUCGCGUUGCCUACACUCCCUUUGAAGAAGGACCCCACAAAAUCGAUGUCAUGUACGAUGGUGUCCCAGUUCCCGGAUCGCCGUUCACUGUCAACGCUCGCCGCGGAUGCGAUCCCAGUAAAGUUAAAGCGUUCGGCCCAGGUUUGGAACGCGGUGUGGUCAACGAGCCCAACAUCUUCACCAUCGAAACGAAAGGUGCCGGAUCGGGAGGAUUGGGUCUGGCCAUUGAAGGUCCUUCUGAGGCUAAAAUGACAUGCCGUGAUAAUCGCGAUGGAUCGUGCACCGUCGAAUACAUACCCACAGAGGCCGGUGACUACGACAUUAGCAUCAAAUUCGCGGAUCAGUUCAUUCCCGGCUCACCGUUCAAGGUACCGGUUGAUCGCUACGUCGAUGCUAAUUCCGUCCGGGCUUACGGCCCAGGCCUGGAACCGAACAAUUGCCGUGCAAACAUCCCUCAACGUUUCAAAAUCGACGCCACCAAGUCCGGCAAGGCUCCUUUGGCCGUCGAUAUCCGUUCAGAUCGAGGACCGUUGGCUCAGAAACCGGAAAUUAUCGAUCACGGUGAUGGAACUUAUGAUGUUACCUACAUGCCACCGCCCGAGAACUCGACUUGCAAAGUCCGUGUCACCUACGGUGGCAAAGAUAUCCCCAAGAGUCCGUUCGAAAUGAAAGUCCGGCCAACUGUUGAGCCCAAAAACGUCAAAGUUACCGGUCCAGGUGUGUCCAGCAAGGGCAUUCCGGCUUCAAUUCCGGCCGAUUUCGUCGUUGAUACGACUGAAGCUGGUUAUGGGGAUCUACAAGUUCAAGUCUUGGGCCCAGAUGGAUAUCCGCGCAAAGUCAAGGUAUCCGACAACGGAGAUGGUACGUUCAAGGCCACCUACACGCCCGAUGAUCUUGGCCAAUACAAGGUGAACGUCAAGUAUGGCGGCAAGGAGGUUCCACACGCUCCGUUUAAUGUCCAGGCCCAUCCUACUGGAAGGGCGGAAAGCUGCAAGAUCACUGAGGGUAUACAACAAACGUUAUCAAUUGGCGAAGAAUAUUGCAUUUCUGUCAACGCCAAGAAUGCUGGCAAUGGUGCUGUUACUUGUCGCAUCCGCGGGACAUCCGGCAGUGAUAUGGACAUUGAUAUUGACGAUAAUGGCGAUGGCACAUUCAGCGUUUACUACACUGUCAAAGACGCUGGGGAGUACACACUGAGCAUCAAAUUUGGCGGCAAUCCCGUUCCGGAUGGUGUCUACAACUUCACUGCUCAAUCCGGAGACGAACCGGUCAAGAGAAGCCCAAGCAAUUCACAAUAUCGACCGGUCGAGCUACAUAAUAUCCCCUUGCCAACCACCGGCGGCCAAGUAACAGGUGAAGUUAAAAUGCCAAGCGGUAAAGUUGACAAAGCUUUGAUUAAGGAUAACCGUGAUGGUACGGUUAGCAUCCAGUACGAACCCCAUGAAGAGGGUCUACACGAGUUGCACAUCCACUACAACUCGGAGCACGUUCAAGGAUCGCCAUUCAAGUUUUUCGUGGAUUCAUUGCAAAGCGGCUUGGUAACUGCCUACGGUUCCGGUUUGACUCACGGUGUUUGCGGUGAGGCCUGCAACUUUACCAUUUCGACCAAGAAUGCCGGCUCUGGUGGUCUCUCACUGGCCGUUGAAGGUCCCAGCAAAGCGGACAUUGGUUGCACCGACAACAAGGAUGGAACCGUGUCCGUCUCUUACUUGCCGCUAGCUCCCGGUGAAUACAAAGUAUCGGUCAAAUACGCCGACAAACACAUCACCGGAAGCCCAUUCACUUCCAAAAUCACCGGUGAAGGCCGUAAACGUAACCAGAUUUCGGUUGGUUCCAACAGCGAAGUACCGCUGCCCGCUGCUGGCCGAGUAGCCGAUGCGGAACUCCGAGCUUUGAACGCUUCCAUCCAAGCGCCUUCAGGACUUGAAGAGCCUUGCUUCUUGAAAAUGCUUCCCAACGGAAAUCUUGGUAUUUCAUUCACCCCACGUGAGAUCGGUGACCAUUACGUCUCCGUCAAGAAGCUGGGCAAACAGAUCCAGGGUUCGCCAUUCAAGAUCAAAGUGGGCGAACGCGAGGUUGGUGAUGCCAAGAAAGUCUUGGUCAGCGGAAAAGCUCUGCUCGAAGGCAAAACCCACACGGACAACACUUUCAAUGUUGACACCCGCAAGGCCGGCUAUGGUGGUCUGUCACUGUCCAUCGAAGGCCCAAGCAAGGCUGAAAUUAAAUGCAAAGAUAAUGAGAACGGCACCCUGGACAUCUCUUAUCGCCCCACUGAGCCUGGCUAUUACAUCAUGAAUCUUAAAUUCGCCGACCAUCACGUCGAUGGCUCGCCGUUUACCAUGAAGGUCACCGGUGAAGGAUCCAACACCCAGACCGAACGUAUCAAACGUGAGAGGACUGCUGUGCCUCAGACGGAGGUGGGCAGCAAAUGCAGAUUGGCUUUCAAGAUUCCGGGCGUUUCGACCAUGGAUUUGUCUGCUUGUGUCACUUCACCAUCCGGCGUUACGGAAGGAGCUGACAUCGGCGAGACUGAAGACGGAAGCUAUGGAGUUUCUUUCGUUCCCACCAUGUUGGGCGUGCACACCGUGUCCGUUAAGUAUAACGACGUUCACAUCCCCGGCUCUCCGUUCCAGUUCACUGUAGGACCGCUCCGUGAUGGUGGAUCCCACAGGGUCCAUGCUGGUGGUCCAGGUCUGGAACGUGGUGAGCAAGGACAGCCAUGCGAGUUCAAUGUCUGGACCCGUGAGGCUGGAGCCGGAUCGCUCGCCAUUUCGGUGGAAGGACCCAGCAAAGCUCAGAUUGACUUCAAAGAUCGUAAAGAUGGCUCGUGCUACGUUGUCUACAACGUCUCCGAACCAGGUGAAUAUCGUGUUGGUGUGAAGUUCAACGAUAAGCACAUCCCCGAUUCGCCGUUCCGCGUUUACAUCAGCCCGGAACAGGGUGACGCACACAAAAUUGAAAUCGGACAGUUCCCUGAUUCCGGUUGUGCCCCCAACAAACCGCAAGCCUUCAUUGUCCGCAAGAACGGCGCUAAGGGAGAAUUCGACGCUAAGGUGGUUUCCCCAUCCGGAAGCGAAGACGAUUGCUUCAUCUCGGCCAUCGACACUGACAUCUACUCUGUACGUUUCUUGCCGCGCGAUAACGGCGUCCACUACGUUCACGUUAAAUUCAACGGCGUCCAUAUCCCUGGCUCUCCGUUUCCCCUUAAAGUCGGAAAAGAAGAUGCCGAUCCGGCUGCUGUGCACGCUGCUGGUCCUGGACUCAUUAAGUCACUGACUGGUCAUAAGACCGACUUUAUCGUCAACACUUGCAGCGCCGGUUGCGGUACAUUAGCAGUUACCAUCGACGGUCCGUCAAAGGCCUCCAUGGAUUGCACCGAUGUUGAAGAAGGCUACAAAGUCCGCUACACCCCAUUGGUACCAGGCGAUUACUUUAUCGCCGUCAAGUACAACGGUUUCCAUAUUGUUGGUUCGCCAUUCCGAGUACCCUGCACAGGCGAACUAUUGGCUUCGAAGGGCGUUACAGAAACAUCUUCGGUUAUGGUGGAAACGGUGACCAAAGUGUCCAAGAAAUCCGCUCAAGCGGCAUUGCCCGUCUUCAAGUCUGACGCCUCCAAAGUCACCAGCAAGGGCAUGGGUCUCAAGAAGGCCUACAUGAACAAACAGAACACGUUCAGCAUUUCAGCUUCUGACGCCGGUGCCAACUUGCUCUUCGUGGCUGUUUACGGACCCAAAGGCCCAUGCGAGGAAGUCUUUGUUAAACACUUGGGCCACAACAGCUACCAAGUUACUUACGCCGUCCGCGACCGAGGUGACUACGUCAUCAUCGUCAAGUGGGGAGAAGAUCAUAUUCCCGGAUCGCCUUUCAAAGUCGAAGUGUAGGAAGAGUUUUUAAAAAGCACAUUGAAUUUGAAUUGGUUUGCUGAGAAAUUUCCCGAAAUUCGAAAAAUCAUUUCUAAGUAGAUUUCGCCCAAGAAAAAGCACAAAAAAAAAAAAAUUGUUGAAAAAAAAAAAUUAAAUUACUCCUCUCCUUUCCCCAAUCCUCCUUUAUCGCCAACUCACCUGCUGAUUAGACGAGCAAGAAUACAGGAACGACUGGCUAUAGACACUGCCAAAUAGCACACAAAACAGAGGUGGAAAACGAGGGACUUUAUUGAGCCCGUCACCAUCGUGAGCAUAACAGAUGAAAAAAAAACAAAAGCAAAAUAAUAAGUGAUUGAAGACGCGUGAAUAUUUACUGUCUAACGAACACAUCCGGACUAAAUCCUUGCCAGCCUUUUGAGUGCCCUAUCUAUAUCCAUGAAAAGCCCACUCUCUCUCUCUCUCUCUCUCUCUUCAAUAGCUUGACCAUUGUAGUGCUUCUCAACUCCAGUUCGGAGUCUUAGAGCAUGGUAGCGAAAACUCUCUGAAACGAUUUUGUUUCUUGUUUUUCAAAGAUUAGUCUUGUAUGAAAACUGCCUUGAAUUACGACUUUGUCAUCUCUCUUUUUCCUUUUUGUUUAUUGUUUUCUUUUUCAACGGUGUUUUGGGAAAAAAGGGGAGCUAUCGCUAUCAUGAUAACACCCGUUUUUCCGUUUCAGACUCUUAUUUUCGGUUGUCAAUCUUCUUUAUUUACUUAUCUUGACACCUUUGAUUAUUUGCUUUUUUGCUUUUGAUAGAACUCACCUCUUUUUUUGGCUCUCUCCCUCCUCGUCUUUAUAUCUAUCUAGCCCUCGCCCUUUUUAUUGUAUGAGAAUAUAAAUAAAAUACAUUCACGGUUUGAAAAAUGUGUCAGACCGCAUCGGCCAGAA